ACACAACAACACACAGUUCGUAGCCUUCCCACGUUUGUGCGUGCUACACGUCUCACUCACUCACUCACUCACUCACUCACUCACUCACUCUUGCGACCAAUGGUAAAGUCCUCGUCUCUCAUUGUCGCCGCUGUAGUCUUAUUCCUCGCCGCGGCAUCGGUCGCCUCUGCCUCCCGGUCGUCGUUGUACCGCGUGACGGACUACGGCGCUAGGGCGGACCCAAAAACAGACUCGACGAGAGCGUUAUCGGAUGCAUGGAGGAAAGCAUGCAGCGACCCGCGCCCGUCCGUCGUCUACGUGCCACACGGCAGGUUUCACGUACGAGACCUAAGGUUUGAAGGGCCAUGUAAGAGCAACGACAUCUUGGUGCGUAUAGACGGAACCCUCGUUGCUCCGUCCGACUAUUCCGUCAUUGGGAACGCCAAGAACUGGAUUCUGUUUCACGGUGUUGAUGGCGUUAGGAUCUCUGGCGGGAUACUUGACGGAGAAGGCACCGGGCUUUGGUCUUGCAAGCUUGACGGCCGGCGAGACUGCCCCACCGGCGCUAUGAAUUUGCACAUCGCCAACUCAAAGAACGUGGCAAUCGACGGCCUGACCUCUGUGAACAGCCAGAAGUUCCACAUCGCCGUCACCGGCUGCCAAAACGUCAACCUCCGCGACAUCACCGUCGCGGCCCUGGGAACCAGCCCCAACACCGACGGCAUCCACAUCGAGAAGUCCACCUUCGUCUCCGUCCUCAACUCCACCAUCUCCACGGGCGACGACUGCAUCUCCAUGGGCCCCGGGUCCCGCAACGUAUGGAUCGAGCGAGUGGCAUGUGGGCCGGGCCACGGCAUCAGCAUCGGGAGCCUGGGCUGGAAGCUACAGGAGCCGGGCGUCCAGAACGUUACCGUCAAGAGAGUCCACUUCGUGGAGACGACUAACGGCCUGCGGAUCAAGACUUGGGCCCGGCCCAGCUUGGGUUUCGUCACCAACGUUCUUUUCCAGCACGUGCUCUUUGACAGCGUCAAGAACCCCAUCCUCAUCGACCAGAACUACUGCCCCGGUGGCCGGCACUGUCCACGUCAGGCCUCCGGGGUCAAGGUCAAGGACAUUAGGUAUAAGAGCAUACGUGGCACGUCGCGGAGCAAGGUCGCCGUGAGGUUUGACUGCAGCAAGGCAAACCCCUGCGUUGGGAUUACGAUGCAUGACGUGAAGCUUACUUACGUCGGCGGUGCCCGUGACGAUAAGGAGGCGACCGCCACGUGUGCGAAUGCCAGGGGUACUUCGUCGGGAUUUGUUACGCCGGUAGUCCGGUAUUCUUAGGCAGUUAGUACUAUAUAUAUACAGUUAAGUUCCUAGCGUACUUUAGUUUUUUUUUUCUUUCUAUGCGCAAUGUACUUAUUAGUUAUUGAAUUAUACAAUCCACGAGUUUCGAAACUACAAAUUAAAUAGGGUCUUGCGUACCCAUCAAUAUGCAAAUUUGAUAUUUAUGAGAGUUGAAUGUUCUCGGAACUAGAUAUCGAGUGCUCAACCGAGAAAGUUAAUGGUUGAUGGUUCAACGCUUAAUUGUUAUAAAAUUGUUAAUUGAUUGUUGACCGAACCGUUCAUACACUAUAAUAUAAAAUAGAAAAUAAAAUACAUCUAUAAUACACAAAUUAUUAUAAUUUAUUACAAAAAGUUCUAACAAAACAUUAAAAUAUCU